AUGUUUUGGGAUUUUCAGGAACUGGAGAAGGAGCGGACCGACCUGCUAGAGGAUGUGACGGCCAAUAAACGUAAAAUGAAGGAACUGGAGGAUAAUUUACUUUUUAGGCUGACCAGCACGCAGGGCUCCCUGGUCGAUGACGAGAGCCUCAUCACAGUGCUGGGAAACACCAAACGCACUGCAGAGGAGGUCACACAGAAACUUCAGAUUGCUGCUGAGACUGAGAUCCAGAUCAAUGCGGCCCGCGAGGAAUACAGACCCGUUGCCACAAGAGGAAGCAUCUUGUACUUUCUGAUGACAGAGAUGAGCAUGGUGAACGUGAUGUAUCAGACCUCCCUGCGCCAGUUCCUGGGCUUGUUCGACUUGGCCUUGGCAAAGUCCUCAAAGAGUCCAAUUACAAGCAAGCGGAUCGCCAAAAUCAUAGAGUACAUGACCUUUGAGGUGCACAAGUACGCAGCUCGGGGUUUGUAUGAAGAACACAAGUUCCUGUUCACCCUGCUGCUCACUCUCAAGAUCGACAUGCAGAGCAACAGGGUCAAACAUGAGGAGUUCCUGACCCUUAUUAAAGGAGGUGCUUCGCUGGACCUGAAAGCCUGUCCACCCAAAGCUGCAAAGUGGAUACUGGACAUAACAUGGCUCAACCUGGUGGAGUUGAGCAAACUGUGGCAGUUCUCUGACAUUCUAGAUCAGAUUGGGCGUCAUGAGAAACAGUGGAAGAGCUGGUUUGAUCGAGAGGCACCUGAGGAAGAACCAAUCCCAAAUUCAUAUGACCAGGCUCUGGACUGUUUCAGACGGCUGCUCCUUAUUCGAUCCUGGUGUCCAGAUAGAACCAUUGCUCAGGCACGGAAGUACAUCAUGCACUCAAUGGGGGAGAGAUAUGCUGAGGGAGUGAUUCUGGAUGUGGAGAAGACGUGGGAGGAGUCUGACCCACGCACUCCUCUCAUCUGCUUCCUAUCCAUGGGUUCAGACCCAACAGACUCCAUCAUCGCCCUGGGCAAACGACAAAGAAUUGAGACUCGUUACGUCUCAAUGGGUCAGGGGCAGGAAGUUCAUGCACGCAAACUUCUGCAGCACUGUAUGGCUAAUGGAGGCUGGGCUUUACUUCAGAACUGUCAUUUGGGUCUGGAUUUUAUGGAUGAACUCAUGGAUACAGUCACAGAGACAGACAGCAUUAAUGACACCUUCAGACUGUGGAUGACCACUGAGGUCCACAGACACUUUCCUAUCACUCUCCUGCAGAUGUCAAUCAAAUUCACCAAUGAGCCUCCACAGGGACUGAAAGCCGGACUUAAAAGGACUUACGGAGGUAUCAGUCAGGAUCUUCUAGAUGUGAGUAACAUGGUCCAAUGGAGGCCCAUGUUGUAUGGGGUGGCAUUCCUCCAUUCCACUGUCCAAGAGAGGCGAAAAUAUGGACCUUUGGGUUGGAACAUCCCAUAUGAGUUCAACCAGGCAGAUUUCAAUGCAACCAUACAGUUUGUCCAGAACCACCUGGAUGAUAUGGACAUCAAGAAGGGUGUGUCCUGGAACACUGUGCGCUACAUGAUCGGCGAGAUCCAGUAUGGCGGUAGGGUGACUGAUGACUAUGACAAGCGCCUCUUGAACACAUUUGCGAAGGUGUGGUUCAAUGAGAACAUGUUCAGCCCUGAUUUCUACUUCUACAAAGGCUACUGCAUCCCCAGAUGCAAUAAUGUGGAUCAGUAUCUCCAAUAUGUUCAGGGUCUCCCUACAUAUGACACCCCUGAGGUGUUUGGCCUCCACCCAAAUGCAGACAUCACCUACCAAAGCAAACUUGCCAAGGACGUACUAGACACUAUCCUGAGUAUCCAACCAAAGGACAGCUCCAGUGGAAGCGGUGAGACCAGGGAGGCGAUUGUGGGUCGGCUAGCGGAUGACAUGCUGGAGAAACUGCCUCCAGAUUUUGUCCCAUUUGAGGUCAGAGAGAGAUUGAUGAGCAUGGGUCCCCUUCAGCCCAUGAACAUUUUCCUGCGGCAGGAGAUUGAUCGCAUGCAGAGAGUGAUUGUUCUGGUCAGGAACACGCUGAGUGACCUAAAGUUGGCCAUCGACGGAACCAUCAUUAUGAGUGAGAACCUGCGAGACGCACUGGACUGCAUGUAUGACGCCCGAAUACCUGCACGCUGGAAAAAGGCCUCCUGGGCUUCUACCACAUUGGGGUUUUGGUUCACAGAGUUGCUGGAGCGUAACCGGCAGUUCCACUCAUGGAUUUUUGAGGGACGACCCAACUGCUUUUGGAUGACAGGCUUCUUCAACCCACAGGGCUUCCUGACAGCUAUGAGACAGGAGAUCACUCGUGCUAACAAGGGGUGGGCGUUGGACCGUAUGGUUCUGUGUAAUGAAGUUACUAAAUGGAUGAAGGAUGACAUCACGCAGCCUCCUUCAGAGGGGGUGUAUGUCUAUGGCCUCUACCUGGAAGGGGCCGGCUGGGACCGCAGAAACUGCAAGCUCAUUGAUUCCAAACCCAAAGUGCUGUUCGAGAUGAUGCCUGUGGUCAGGAUGUACGCAGAGAACAAUGGUGAGUUUUAAAU